GUUAAUUCGUAAGGGUUGUGAUAGCAUGCGAGCCAUAGUUGGUUGACUCGUGCAUCUGUUAGACUGGCAAAGGACUGCGCGAUUUUAAAAGCAGACCAGAGGUCUUAAACAAACGGUGAAAGGGUCAUUGUUGCUGCGUUUUUUUUUAAUGUGUGCUUCCCCGGCGACCUCGUAACAUUCAGCAUGAAGCGGUUGGCAGCUUGCCUGUGCCUUUGGAUCCUGUGUGUGUUUCCAGUUGUUACUGUAGGCAUUGAAGAAGAGGAGGGCGUCUUGGUUUUGAACAGUGACAACUUUGAUAAGGCUGUGGAAGAAAAUAAGCUCUUACUGGUGGAAUUUUAUGCACCCUGGUGUGGCCACUGUAAGAAGCUGGCGCCGGAGUUUGCGCGCGCGGCCCAGACGCUGGCCGCGGAAGGCGUGGCGGCGCGGCUGGGCAAGGUGGACUCGACACAGGAGCGGCGGCUGGCCGACAGGUUCGGCGUGCGCGGCUACCCGACGCUGCGGCUGUGGCGGGCCGGCCGCGACUCGGAGUACACGGGUGGCCGAAAGGCCGAGGAGAUCGCCGCCUGGCUGCGCCACCGCGUCGGCCCGGCCGUGCGCACGCUAGCCACCGUCCAGGAGGCGGCCGCCUUCCUGGAGACGCCGCAGGUGGCCGCCAUCGGCUUCUUCAGCGACCCGGCCAGCCCGGCGGCGGCCGCCUUCCUGGAGUGGGCCGUCGAUGAGGAGACGAUGCCAGCAGCAGUCGCCUCGGCGGAGGCCGUGCGGAGCGAGUACGGCGCCGACGACGGCAGCGUCGUCAUGUUCAAGAAGUACGACGAGCGGCGUCACACGCUGGCCGCGCCUGGUGACGUGGAGGCGCUGCGCUCCUGGGCCGCCCAGUUCGCGCCCCCGCUGCUGCUCGAGUUCGCCUCGGACACGGCCGACGCCGUGUUCGACAGUCAGCUGCCGGGCGCGCUGCUGCUGUUCCUGCGCCGCGGCAGCGACCGGUUCGAGGCGCUAAAAGAGGCUGCCCGCUCCGUGGCCGUCGACUACCGCGACCAGCUCCUGUUCGCCUGGCUGGACGUCGACGACGAGUCGAUGGGCCGUGUGAUGGAGUUCUUCGGCGUGCGGCCGGAGCAGGCGCCGGCCGUGCGGAUCGUGCGCCCCAGCGACAUGGGCAAGUUCCGGCCGGCCGGCGGCGAGGUCGACGGCGACGGCAUGCGCCAGUUCGUCGCCGCCUUCCUCGCCGGGAAGCUGAAGCCGCACCUGCUGAGCGACGAGCGGCCGGACGACUGGGACGCGCGGCCCGUCAAGGUGCUCGUCGGCACCAGCUUCGACCAGGUGGUGCUGGACAGGAGUCGCGACGUGCUGGUGGACUUCUACGCCCCGUGGUGUGGUCACUGCAAGAAGCUGGAGCCCGAGCUGGACAAGCUCGGCGAGAAAUACAAGGACUCGAAGACGGUGCUGAUCGCCAAGAUGGACGCCACGACGAACGAGCUGCAACACACGAAGCCGCGCAGCUUCCCCACAAUCAAGAUGUGGAAGAAGGACACGAACGAGGUGAUCGAGUACAACGGCGAGCGCACCGUGGGCGGCAUGUCCAAGUUCAUCGAGACGGCCGGCGAGUAUGGCCGAGCGCCGCCCGAGGACGAGUACGACUACUACGAUGACGAGGAAUACGGCGAGGAAGACUACGUCGGCCACGAUGAGUUGUAACCAUCGAGUUCAAGCAGCGUCCGUUGUGGAACAGCAGCUGGGAACUUAGUGACGUCAUUGGAUGAGACGGAGAUUAAGACGAGAGAUGUAAAAUAAUACUAUUUUUGCUACGUUUUCUAGCUAAGUCAGAAGUUCUGGGUUUUGCCAGCUUCUGAAUGUACAGAGCACAUAUCCCGCUACGCGUUUUGUGGCGUUAAUAUUGCCAAUUGACUGAACUUUUCUGCUACGAUGCAACCGAAGACAAAGUAUCUCGCGCACUUGUUUUGUUUACAGCGAGUGACUAUGCCUCACCGAUGUGGUAGCGGAGAUUGUUACGCCCCGUUAACAUUGGGACUGCGGGUUUACAUGCGGGUCUGCUCCCGUGCCCUGUACAUCGAAGCGUCGCACAAUGUUCCACCGCCUCAGCAAAAUCUGAGGAGCGGUGCCCGCUGCGUGAGCGCGGCGGCGUGGCAAUGCCGGGUCAGCAGCAGGGUCGCAGGGUUUUAGUAUGAUGUGAGAAGAUGGUGCGUCCACUCGCCGAUGCGUCGGUACAUGUCCAGUGAUCGCCUGCCCAUGACAGCAAGGUCGGGGUGUUUGAGUACGAUGUGAGGGAAGGGUGCGUCCACUCGCCGAUCCGUCGGUAUAUGUCCAGUAAUUUCCUGCCCGUGAUAGUGUCCAGCAGGAAGGAGUGUGCCAGUGUCGAAGGCCUGGAUUACGCGCUGGUGACUUAAUACACUUCUUCACUCGGA